UACAGGACUAGAGCUGGCGUUAACAGGGGUUUUAGAACUGUGUUGCUUGAAAUCUAAUCGUAUUUCAAAUUAUUUAUGUGACGGUAUAUGGAGAUCAAGUACAGUACAUCCUACGCUAGAGGAAGUGCUCUAAUGUACAAGGCUUUAAUGGGCAACGGAAACAGGUUUGCUUAAUUUUACAGCUUCCAGUGAUGAGUAAAAAUUUGAAGAUAGUGACUGUUGGAGACGGAGGCGUGGGCAAGACUUCCCUGCUGGUGGCCUACACACAGGGAUCGUUUUCCGAUGCACACGAACCAACUGUUUUCGAAAAUUACAGCGGGGAGAUGAUAUUCAACGGAACGCACUACAAUUUCACGCUGUGGGACACGGCCGGCCAGGAGGACUACGACCGGUGCCGCGUCCUCUGCUACCCCGAGACAGACGUGUUCUUGGUGUGCUUCAGUGUCGUAAACAAAGCAUCUUUCAGCAACGUCCAUGCGUCUUGGCUGCCGGAAAUCAGGCGGGAAUGUGGAGAUAAAGUACCAGCUGUGCUCGUGGGCACGAAAGUCGACCUGCGAAAGAACGCCGAGUCGACUGCAUCCGUGACGCGGCGCGAGGGGCGUCGUCUCGCCGCUCGACUCGGCAUGAGGAACUACGUCGAGUGCUCGGCCAAGACCGGCCACGGCUGCCAGCAGGCGUUCAGAACUGCUAUUGAGGCGACGACAUCCAAACCGAUCUGCGUCCUGCUCUAAUAUGACGUGCACAUGCGUUAACAUUUGCGUUACGUUUAAUCACUCUCUUCGAAAGAGUUUGUGUUGAUAUAUUGUUUGUGUUGAUUCCUUAAAGUAAUGAAUUAAAGCAUCACAUGAC